GGCCAGCUCCCCAUCCCAACUCGGAUUUCGGGACCGUUCCAUACCCAAAUUGGCAUUACCCACUCACUAUAUCCAUCCAAUCCACGCUCCCCGCUCCACAUUCUACUUGCCCCUCUCCCACCAGACACCCGGCUCAAGCAACCGAGGACAGAUGGAAUUUCCGGCGCGAGACUGGACGUCACAAGCGGCUCCUUAUCGGCAUGCCACAGCAUUCCGCACCUCCCACCUGAUCACCUGACCUCCAUAACGUCCGGGUACACGGCUCCACCAGCCGUACAAGUGGCAUAUAUAUGCCCUCGUGCCCUCUCCGUCCCUCCGCCGUCCCCCACUCUCGCAACGCUACCAUCCGCGCCCCCGCCCUCGCCUCACGCACCCGCCGCCACCUCUUGCGCGUCCUCCGCCUCCCGCUUCCCGCCACGCUCUCACAAGCAGUCGCGCUCAUACCCAUGCCCCCCACCGUCCAGGCUACAGAGGAGACGACGCCGGCACUUGCGCCGCUCGAGUCGCCGGUCGAGGCCGAGGUCGACGAGCCGGUGCCGCAGCGCCCGCACCGCCGCAUGAGCCACAGCGAGAUGGCGCAGGACCGGCGCGAGGCCGCGCUCCGGCUCGCACAGCAGAACCGCACGACUGAAGAGGACGAGGAUGACUUCUAAGCGGGCAAGGAAGUGAUGUGAACGUACCGGAACUGAGCUUCGCCCGGCAUGGCUGCCGGCAGAUGUUGUAUUCGUGUGAUAUAUUUGUUGCCAAGUCGCCCAAGGUUGUCGAAGAAUGCAGACUGUGUCUUUCG